AUGGAGAAAAGUUUAGAUUUACCUGAAAUCCUUAACAUCCAUUAUAUUUUGUGCUCAGCAAUGCCUAGAGAUGGAGAUUAUGUCUAUGCUAAAGAUCCCAGAGCUGUGCUGAAAAAGAAGCAUGCAGCUAAAGCUCAAGAUCCCAUAGCUGUGCUGAAAAAGAAGCUUGCAGCUAAAGCUUACAGAAAAACGGUUUUAAAGAGAACCGGUAACCGUACUAAUACUUAUAGUUCUCAUGUUAUGCAAUAUGUGAAUACAACUCUAAGAAGGGACUUCCUCUCUGCUUUCGUGGCAAGCAACGUCUUUCCACAUAAAUCUACUUCCACUGAAGAAGUCUCCUCACCAUCAGUCUCAGGGUACCACAGCGGUCCUGUAGGCUCUCUAGAGAAGCUGAAAGCUAAAAGACAGUUAGAUGAUGAAAUUUCUCGGAGGAAACAUGUGGACUGCAGCAUAAACCAGAUAGGGAAGCUUUUGUUUGGACAGAAAAAGAGCUUGAAAGUGUUGAAUAAUGUCCGAUCUCCAGGCCAAGCUGUUGUAGAUGAUUGGCACUGUCUUAAGAAGCUACUAAGGCCUUCCAUUUAUAUAUUCACGGAAAUCUUAUAA